AUGGAAGAACAAUCAGUAAAAUGUUGUCGCGUUGUAUGGUGGUUAUUUAAAUUAUUUGGUUUACCAAUUACUAUUCCAUGGUUUAUAUAUCAUUGUUUUGAUAUUAUAAAAUACAAAAGAAGAAAAAGUACACUGAAUGGGAAGGUUGUAAUAAUAACUGGAGCCAGCUCUGGUUUAGGAGAAGCACUAGCUCAUGUUUUCUAUGAAUGUGGUUGCAAAGUUAUUUUGAUUUCUAGAAGAAAGGAGGAACUGCAAAGAGUGAAAAAUACUUUAGUGAAUACUCAUGCUACAGUACCAACUUAUCCUCCUGUAAUUUUGCCAUUGGAUAUAACUAAUAUUAAUUCUCUAUCAGCUGAAGUUACAAAAAUUAUAGAAAUUCAUGGAAAAAUUGAUAUUCUGAUUAAUAAUGCUGGUAUUUCCUAUAGAGGAGAAGUUCUUAAUACUAAUGUGGAUGUGGAUAUAAAAGUAAUGCUUACAAAUUAUUUUGCUCAAAUUGCUUUAGCAAAAGCUGUUCUUCCAUACAUGAUAAAGGAACAGUCAGGUCAUAUAGUAUGUGUAAGCAGUGUACAAGGAAAGAUUGCAAUUCCAUACAGGUCUGCAUAUUCAGCUUCUAAACAUGCAUUACAAGCAUGGUGUGACAGUUGCAGAGCAGAAUUAGCUGAUCAAAAUAUAAAAAUUACAAUUGCUAGUCCUGGUUAUGUAAGAACUGCUCUUUCUCUCAAUGCAUUAACAGGGACUGGACAAGUUUAUGGAGUUAUGGACAAGAAUACACAAGAGGGCUAUUCUCCAGAAUAUGUUGCACAAUGUAUUUUGAAAGCAGUGUUAAAGCAGGAAAGAGAUGUAUUAAUAUCUCCCUAUUCUCCAAAAGUUGCAAUAUAUUUACGAACUUUAUGUCCAUCACUUUAUUUUUGGAUAAUGCAAAAAAGAGCUAAAAAAACAGCAAAGGAAGAAUAA